UCGCCAAGUAAUCAUUUGACACUCGACAGGGCCACAAACCGUAUUUCCCCUAGAUCCGGAAGCUUAACGAACGGCAACCGAACCUAGAUAUAUCUACCUGGGACCUGCCACUGGAACAAUGAAAUUUGCCAGGAUGUGCUCUCCGUCAAGAUGAGUUCCGACAGUUCUUCGAAUACCGGCCCGUCCCUGAUGAGUGGCCUCUGGGCGGCUGUCGGCAUCACCACUUUCAUCCUCAUUCUCCGCAUCGUUGCUAAGAUCAAGAUUCGGCAUUUUCGCAUUGACGAUGUGCUGAUGAUUGCGGCGCUGAUUCUGACCCUCUCUUCCAUGGGACUUUUGACCCAUUCCGUGCAGCAUGGCUUCGGCAAAGACCUCGAGACCCUGGACAGACCUGAUCUGGAAGCUGUGUUGAAAGACAUCGCCAUUCAAGUACCACUCGUUACCUUCAGCACCGGCAUGGCCCGCUCCUCGUUCGUCCUCUAUUUGCUGGGGAUUCUCGGUGGGAAAAAACCAUACCAGAUUGCGUUAUGGACAGCCAUGAUGCUGCAGCUUGUCUGCAAUAUCAUUGCUGCCGUUCUACCGCUCAGCAUUUGUCGCAAUGUCAAAGCGUUAUGGAUUCCUGGGACUAAGACAACCUGCGGCAAUACUGUCGCGGUGAUCCAUUUUGCUUAUUUCCAGUCUUCGAUCAACACCGUGACCGAUCUAUUCCUGGCAGUCUUCCCCACGGUGAUUUUCUGGAACCUGAAUUUGAAGCUCCGCAUCAAGCUCAGUUUGAUUGUCUUACUGAGUUUGGGUAUUGUGGCUAUGAUCGCGUCCAUCAUCAAGACCACCAAGCUCGACCAAGUCCCUAGUGUGACCAAUGUUGGCGCGUCGGGAGGAGUGGAACUAAUUCGCUGGGGUUACACCGAGAACUUGAUCAUCAUCAUGACCUCGUCUAUCCCUUGUAUCCGACCACUCUUGAUAUCCUCUGUGAGGAAAUUUUCCAGCAAUGCGAAGUCUCGCUCCUACGAGCUCACUGGGCCCCUUAGCGGCAAUAAAGGCAAUACGAGAAAUGGCACUUCACAAUCACGGAAUCUGGAACGGAGGGAUGAUGAUGCCGACAGUGUCGAGCAGAUCCUGCGCGAUGCCUACCAGCAGAAUUCGGCGAUGGAGGCCGGCCAUGGUAUUACAAAACAAGUCGAAAUCUCAGUGAUGUCCGACGAUUCGUCUUUCCGGCGAUAACCAGAUCUACUUUGGAGCGACCAUUCACUCUUUUGGAAUAUUUUUCUUUGUCCUUCCUUUAUUUCUUUGGAUCAUGUCUUCCCUCUCCUGCACAUGUGGGACAUAUAGAGUACUAUAUUGAUGACGACGGG